AUGCAGCUCGAGGAGUCCGCCGAGCUGAACCUCCUUGCCUCUGUUGGGAACGUCUAUGACCUUCGGCUGCUCCAGCGGGCGGCCAUCGUUCAGGAUCGUGCCUUGCGGAAGCCGUGGGAGAAUGGUGGAAAAGGGCAAGGCAAGCACAACAACAAGGGCGAGUGGUGGCGUAACCGCACACGAGAUGUCUACACCGACUUCAACGACGACCAGCCCUACCUGAACGAUGACAUCGACCAGGACGACGAUGACACGCCCAUCCCCGAGGAAGUUGCUGAAGAACUCUACGAGGCCUACAUGACCCACGAGAAUGCCAAGGCCAAGUACGGGACUUGGCAAAAUCACGAGGGACGGAUCCUUCGAUGCAAGAGAAAGGGGCACUGGCACCGUGACAGCGAAUGCCCUUUGAAUCAGGCCAAGAACGCAGGAGCGUCGACCUUGGCAACCUCCGGAUCCCAGGCCAAUGCGAAUGGUCCCUCGUCAGGGGUGAAGAGCUCCUACCAAUGCCACGUGGUGCACGUGACUUGGGAUUUGAACGAGGGCACCACCGACGACCUGACGGCCAUCACGGACACGGCGUGCUCACGAUCUGCGGCUGGGGCUCCGUGGCUGGAACGUUACCUUCAGCUGGUGGACAAGCAUGGCGGCGGAAGGCCUGUCUUUGUCAACGGGGUCGAGAAGUUCAAGUUUGGUGCCUCCAAGAUCUUUGAGUCUAGGUACUCGGUGGUUGUUGCCUUCACCUUGGGUGAGUCCAUUGUCCAGGUUAAGACGGCUAUUGUCGAGGGUGAUGUCCCUCUCCUCUUGCGCAAGAAGGCCCUGGGCAACAUGGGGAUGAUCUUCGAUGUGGCUCGGAACGUCGCGGACUUCACCACCUUGAACCUGAAGUCCUUUCCUUUGCUGAUCACUGAGACAGGGCACCCUGCUCUGCCUCUUGUGCCUGCUGUUUGGAAGGUUCACCCUGGACAGGCCCACGAUUGGAGCGCCACCGGGAUCGAGAUUCAGAUUGCUCCGAAGAGUCCGCAAUAUGAUGUUGCGCAUGAGGUCCACAUGUUACAGUCCAGUGUUGAAAAGUACCAGUCUGGUUGGCUAGAAGCUCCCAACAACGAUACAAAGAUCUUCUACCCCAAGAAAAUUUCCCCAGCUGUCUACAACAUGUUGACCAUGCCCGGUUUCUGCGAGCACUCCUUUUCCAUGUGGUGGAAGGACACGAGCAUCAGUCAGGACUUUUGGAUUGAGACCAAGACUA